AUGGAAAUCUUCAUUAAGGCUGAAAAUUAUCAAGUGUGGAGAGUCGUUGAAAUCUGUGACUUUGAAGUCACCAAGAAGAAUGAAAAAGGCGAAUCAUUUCCUAAACCUCUCUCAAAAUAUGAUAAAGAGGACUUCGAUAAGAUGGAGAUGAAAAACCCUGCAAAGAAGAUUCUCCACCAUGGUUCCUUGUUGACUCAUGAGCUGCACCUAGGAACUCAUGAUGCUGAUCCUAGUAGGCCUAAAGAUUUGGCUCUUAAGUCUGAAGAACAAGAUGAUUCAAAAACUGAUGAUGAGGAAGUUGCAUUGAUCGUGAAAAAGUUUAAGAAGUUCUUUAACAGGAACUAUAAAGGGAAGAGUGCUAGAAAGCCCUCAAAGCUAAGCUAUCAUAAAUGUGGAAGUCCUGAUCACUUUAUUAAGGAGUGUCCAUUUCGGGAGAACGACAAGGAAAAAGGAAAAUACAAGGAGAAAGGGAAGGAACAACAAAAGGCUUUCUUAAAAACUGAAAUGAGAAGGGCCAUGGUUGCAGCCUUGGGGGAUUCGACUCUGACGCGAAACAUGCCGGAUCAACCUGAAGAAGAAACAGCUCAUCUAUGUCUCAUGGCAAAGACAGAUGACGAGGAGGACUUGCCAAACAACAAGAUAUGUACCAAGAUACCGGACGGAACUAGGAAGGGAAACAUUUAUGUUGUUGACUUGAACCUAGUUCCUAGGAACAAUCUGACUUGUCUAAGUGCAAUAGAAGACGAACCACUUCUUUGGCAUAAAAGAUAUGGUCAUGCAAGCAUGUCCUUGCUUAAUAAGCUAAGUGGUAAGGAGUUAAUUGUUGGUCUGCCAACAAUCAAGGUCACAAAUCAUGAAGUUUGUGGAGCAUGUGUGAAAGGAAAUCAAGUUAGAUCCUCGUCGUUUAAAACAAAGAAGAUAAGUACACAAAGUCCACUUGAAUUGAUUCGCAUGGACUUAUGUGGCCCUGUAUGA